AUGUCUUCAACCACUCAGAGCGUCCAAUGCUUCGGCAAGAAGAAGACGGCCACUGCCGUCGCCCACUGCAAGGCAGGUAAGGGCUUGAUCAAGGUCAACGGCCGGCCUCUCAGCCUGGUCCAACCCGAGAUUCUGCGCUUCAAGGUCUACGAACCCCUCCUCGUCGUCGGCCUCGACAAGUUCGCCAAGGUCGACAUCCGCGUCCGCGUCACCGGCGGUGGCCAUACCUCCCAGAUCUACGCCAUCCGACAAGCCAUCGCCAAGUCCCUCAUCGCCUACUACCAAAAAUUCGUCGACGAGCACAGCAAGAACCUGCUCAAGCAGGCCCUCGUGCAGUUUGACCGCACGCUGCUCGUCGCCGACAACCGCCGCUGCGAGCCCAAGAAGUUUGGCGGUCCGGGCGCCAGGGCGCGUUUCCAAAAGUCGUACCGAUAG